GUACCCCCAUGUGUGUGUAUGUGAGACUACACCCAUGUGUGUGCAGGUGCCUAUGGUGUCCAGAGAGGCCUCAGAUCCCCUGGACCUGGAGCUGCAGGCUGUUUUAAGCUGCCUGACGUGAGCAAUUGCCCUUAACCCGAGUCGUCUUUCCAGCCGCUUUUUACACCUUGUUAUUUUGGCAUGAGAUAGGAGUUCCAUUUUCCCCACUAAUGAACUGCGCUCCUGUGGGGAGGAGUGGACUUGGACUCUGGUCUUGGAAGUGGCAGUGUGACUGAGUGGAGCGAGCCUCUUUGAACUGUUGCUUCCUUCCCGUUGCGGUGUCUGAGGGAAGCAGUCAAGACCUGGGUCUCUGCUGCAGGCUCGCAGUGACUGGUGACGGACAGCUGGCACCUACGUCUCCUCCCCAUUCUAACGGAUGCCUUGUUUUCAAGAGGCAGACACUGUCACUCACUCUAACGAGACCCGGAAGAGGAAGCUCUUUUUCAUGUGGAAAGCUCCUGCCCAACCUGUGGGGAUUAUUUUGUUUCUGCUAUCAGCCAUCAAGUCGUAUUUUGUUUACUGGGCCAGGGUCAAACCAUGUGUUGUGUCUCAACAGACACAUAGUGGAGUCCACUCUGCCAGCGUCCACCGUGUGGAGCCAGGAUCACCAGCAGCAGCCCCUGGCAGAGGCCAGCCACACGCUGCUGAAGGAACUGCCGGGUACUGCUUGCCAGUUGCUCACAAGCCCGCCUGUCAUCAUCAUUUCCAAGUGCUCUCUUUGGACCUAGGUGGGGGCCAUGGUAGGGAACGGUCCAUCGGUCGCUGUAGCCCCUUCACAAUGGUCAUUAAGAAUGCACAAGUCCAGAAAGCCCAAGCACAGGGAAUACCGAGUGGAGGCGGCGGCUGCCCAGGGUGUUAUGGGAUACUGUUGAGGAAGUCCUGUGUCAAUAAAGCACUGCGGACCAACCUAAGGCCUGGAGAGAAGCUCCAGAGAGUCGCUGCCCACCUGGAGACCCAGCUCAGGACUCCUCAGCUACUGAUUCUGAUCUGCCUGUGGGCCACCCUGGGCGUGGCCCUGGCUGCUGGCCUUGGCUGUCUCUGUUGGCAGUAUUGGCACAUGUGGACAGAAGAGUCCUUCGGGGAACCUACCACAGACGCCGCUGCCGGGAGUGAUGAAACGGAGAGUUCAUGCCAAGAAGACAGGUGAACGCCUGCGUCUUGGCUCACGUGGAGCCCAGCUGAACCUCUUUCUGCAGGUGACAAGAAAACUGUCCUCUGAAGAGACUCUUGGGCUGGGCCCCUCAGUGGCUCAGCAGAGUGUGUUAGUCACAGCCGAGCUCCUAGGAAUUCCCGGUGAGGCCGGGGUGCACUGUACCUCCUGUCAGGAAGGAAAGGGUAGGCUAUCAGCGGAGGGCUCCUCGUCAGGGCUGUUGUCUUUGUGUCUGUGAUUUUGCUCCUUUUUUCCCAUCUUGCAAUUAGGUGUUCUGUUUGAAGAGUUAAACUCAACACAAUGAAUAUUGUAUAACCUGCUCAUUAACUAGACUCCUGUGGCCGGGGAGCUUCCUCCGUUGCCUUAAGGAACCUGCAGAAAUAGACAUUCUCUCCUCCGUGGUGUCUGAGACUCAUCUCUAACCCUUUGAAAGAAUUGUGUUGGGGCUUAGCUCUUGCAAGAAAGAAGGAGCUACACCCCUCGCUGCGCCCCUCUGAACCACCCAGAAAGGAGUGCUCGUUUCAAAGCCAGAGUUCCAGAACUAGUUGGAGGUCUGACUGGGUGGGGCGGGUGCAGGUGAGGGCGGGCUGUCUGCCUGAAGCAGGGGGCCUGUGGGAGCGGCCCGGAGCGAGCACAGCUUUAGAGCGCGCGAUGGAGUGCACUUGGGGGUGCGUCCAUGCGCGCAAGGCUGUGAGCCCGAGUGGAACAAGAUGUCUUUCCAUCAGGUGCAAUGGGUGUGUGUCUUCCCAUCCUCUACACUUGAUGAAGGACUUGGGUUUUCCAGCAGCUUCCGGCCAUGCUGCCUGCCCUUUGCCAAAGGUGAAGCUAAACUCAACCUGCCAGCUUGAAGAACAGCUGUUCCCUGGUUCAUCGGAGAAUGUCAGGAAGAAAACGUGAUGGGUGAAGACGACUUGUUCUCCUAACUCUGUGAAGUUCAUUUGGUUUGGCAAGGGCUGUGCAGGUACAGCAUGAUACCAAACAACAGCUUCAAGAUCACAUACACUGGUACCCGUGUGUGAGAACAAAUUGGGAUUGUCUGCCCUGCCAGAGAUAAACCCGUUGCAGAGUGACCAUCUGCAUUAAUACGGAGACAUAAACCACACCAGCGGGUGGAUAUUUACGGGGACAGAAACUUGGUGGUGUUGCCCUUGGCGCUCCUAUACCAUGGAGGGGAGAGGCUCAGCAGUUCUAAGAACACUCGCUCACUGUGCCCUUUCACCUGUGUAAAUUGG